GGCUCAUUGGACCUCUCGUCAUUUCAUCUCUCUAUAUAUAAUAUAUGUAUCGACGUUCGUCGCCUGGUCAUAAUCAACCCCCUAAUAAACGACAGCGGCCGGAAUCGGUUCUUCCGGCGGAUUUCUUUGAUUCUGAAGAGAUUCAGGAAAAUACUGAAUCUAAUGAGGUAUCUCCACCUCCAUCGCCAUCUUAUUGGGCUCGAGAACGGCUUCUUGAUGAGACAUUAGAGCAAAGGGUUUAUGAUGAACGUGCAAAAAAUCUAAUAAAAAGAAGAAAUGAGAUUAGAAAUAAGAGCAUACAAUUGGAUGAAGAGUUAAAUACGCGAAAAUCUGCGGGAAAAGAGGGUUCUUUUUCAUCGAAUUGUGAAUCAGAGAGUGAUUCAGACGCGUCGGGCGGGUCUCGCGACUGGAGAAGAAGGGGACACCCCCUGGAGGGAGUGUCCCGUGAGGAGGGGACACAUGUUGAGGGGUGUCCGUAAGGAAGGGACACAUGGUUUGAGGGAGUGUCCCGUGAGCGGGGUUAGG